GUACCUCCGCCCUCCCACCCACGCGCGCCGGGACCGGCCCCGCAGACCCCCGGCCCCUGGACGCGGCGCUCGCUGACCGCUGUCUCUGGGGCCCUGGACUGCGGGUGCGCCGCGGGGCGUCGGACUUGGCACCCGGCGAGCGGGGAUCGGGGGGGUGCAGGCAGGCGCGGGGCGGCGCGGGGGGUCUCCGGUUUAUGGCAAAUGGCAUCUGAUUCUGUCCGUUCUGGGGGGAGAAAAUUGAGUCCACACCCGCAGGUUCUCACCUUCUUCCAAAGUUGGGAUCAUAAGGCCUAUGGAUUCUCCGCCCCAAAAGACCAUCAAGUGGUCACAGCGAUAGAAUAUCAAGAGGUUAUUUUAGCCUGUAAAUCCCCAAAGAAGACCAUUUCCUCCAGAUUAGAGUGGAAGAAACUGGGCCGGAGUGUCUCCUUUGUCUACUACCAACAGGCUCUUCAAGGUGAUUUUAAAGAUCGAGCUGAGAUGAUAGAUUUCAGUAUACGGAUCAAAAAUGUUACACGAACUGAUGCUGGGAAAUAUCGCUGUGAAGUUAGCGCCCCAUCUGAGCAAGGCCAGAACCUGGAAGAAGAUACGGUCACUCUAGAAGUCCUAGUGGCUCCAGCAGUUCCAACCUGUGAAGUACCCAGUUCUGCUCUGAGUGGAACUGUGGUAGAGCUUCGAUGUCAAGACAAAGAAGGGAAUCCCGCCCCUGAGUACACAUGGUUUAAAGAUGGCAUCCCUUUGUCAGAGAAUUCAAAACUUGGCUCCCAAAGCACCAACAGCUCCUAUACAGUGAACACAAAAUCUGGAACUCUGCAAUUUAACACUGUUUCGAAACUAGACAGUGGAGAGUAUUCCUGUGAAGCCCGUAAUUCUGUUGGACAUCGCAGGUGUCCGGGGAAACGAAUGCAAGUAGAUGAUCUCAACGUAAGUGGCAUCAUAGCAGCUGUAGUAGUCGUGGCCUUAGUGAUUUCAGUUUGUGGCCUUGGCGUGUGCUAUGCUCAGAGGAAAGGCUACUUUUCAACAGAAAAUGUCCUAGGUGACAGGUAGGUGAGUUAUGAAGGACCUUGGCAAACAGAGGGAGAAAAGGCAGAGCUUCCUCAUCACAACGUUCAGGAAACACCACAGACUAUGUGAGAGGCACCGUGGGGUGGCUUAAUGGGGUGAUACUGACAGAUAGUCAACGCACUUGGAUAUUUAUAGUAUAUUGACUUGUAUUUAAGAGCCCCUUAAGUUAGGAAUUAUGUAUCUCAAGAUGUAAAUGGAUUUCCAGUUUUAUCAUAAGAAGCUUCAUUGAAAUAUUUUAUCAGUGUUGAAUACCAGAAUGUUGAAUGUCAACUUAGAAUAACUAUAUAUAUAGCCUUGUUCAAUAAAAACUAGAAACCUGUAGUAUUACAGUUGCUUCUGGACAAAGUUUUUAAUUCUUAGGUUUAGACCUCUUAUAACUCCAAACACCCAUUUUAUGAUAGAAUGGGUUUAAUAUGAAUGAGAUUUGAAAAUAAUGUAUUAUUCUUUUAAAGUAUUUCUUUACUCCCCAUCUUUAUUUAAAAUUAGGGGAUUUUUUAAAUUUUCUGAGAGCUCAAAAGCUGCAGAACUCCAUCAAGUCUGUUGGAAAGAGUGUACAAAGCAGGAUUUUUUUUAAAGAAUAGUAAAUUAAUUUAUAGCAUAAGCAAGUUUUAGACCCACUGUUUUAUAGUGAACAUUAAUUUUAGAACUUAGGUUUAAAAAACAUAUUAACAUAAAAAUUAACCUAUAAAUAGAUAUUCAGUGUUAUAAAAUGUUUCCAUGGCAUUGUUUCAAGCAUAUUCCCUAUAAUUAAGAAUAGCUGCUUUGUGAAUUAAUAGCUCCUUUCCUUGGUGCUCCAAUCUUAGUCUAGUGUAAAUGUAACUUUAUGAAUGGAAUCCAGCUGAGGCCCCCUGCUGGUCACCGGUGAAAGUACAGACAGAUAAGAUGAUUCAGACAAAAUUCUUGUCAUCUUUAUCCACAGUUGCAAAAUAAAGUAUAUCUUAUUGGAAACUUGGUAAAUACAUUUUUCUUAAAAUGCUGAAUUAAUCAAAGAUUUGACUUGGGUGUUAGGAAUUCAUUAGUGAAGAAUAUUACUCCCAUUCUCAGCUGAUAGAAAAUCUAUCCGAAAAUCUAUAUGAAAUCUUGAUUUCAGACAGGAGUUUGGUGGACCAAAUCCAGCCUGCCACCUGGUUUUCUGUGGCUCACAAGCUAAGAAUGGUUUUUACAAUCUAUUUGAUAAGAAUAGAUUGAAUCCCAGUUAGAAGAAAUGUUAUACUUGUCAACGAAAGAUUUGUUUUUCCAAUUAAUAGACCUAUACAAAAGACUUUGAUUAUUAUUAUUGUAUUUUGAAUUUUAUUAAUAAAAAAUUUUUGGAAACUUGGUCUCUCUUAUUAUGUAAGUGCCUACUUAAUACUUCAAUUCUACCUCUUGUACCAAAAAAC